CUGAAGCGGUUGCUCCCGCUGUUGCUGCUGCUGCCGCUACCGCUGUUGCUGCUGCCGCCGCCGCGGCUGCUCGGGCUGUGCGCGCCCCGGAACAGGCCGCCGCGCGCCGCUAUCGGACCCGCAGCCCCCGCCCGCCCGGCCGGGUCGGGCGGCCCAGUCCCUGCUGAGUACCACCAGGCCACACUGUCACCUCUGAACGCUUCCUGUAUCAUUACAGGAUCUACACUCCUGCACAUCACUUGAUCCAAGGCUGCACCUUCCUCCUUCUCCCCGGCCACAACCUGCCCAUCACAGUUGAGCACCUGUUUUCCUGAAGGUGAUUUCCAGAAGCAGGAGUCCCCAGAGCUGGCCAGGGGAUGAACCGCGAGGGGGCCCCCGGGAAGAGUCCGGAGGAGAUGUACAUUCAGCAGAAGGUCCGGGUGCUGCUUAUGCUGAGGAAGAUGGGCUCCAACCUGACGGCCAGCGAGGAGGAGUUCCUGCGCACCUACGCGGGGGUGGUCAACAGUCAGCUCAGCCAGCUACCCCAGCACUCCAUCGACCAGGCAUCACCUGGCCUCUCCUGACCACUAGAUAGCACCGGUGAUCUCGAGCCUUUGAGGCUGAGUGGCAUUCUGACUCUUGCUGGAUCAGAGAAGGCUCUGUUCUGCUCACCGCCCAAGGGCUCCCCUGAAACCUUGUGUCUGGGAGCUGCUUGCCUUUCCGGUAGCUGAGAAAACACAAGUAAGGCUGCCCGCAUUCCCACCCUGUACCCUGCAAGGCAGUGGCUGCCCUUUGCACGCAGGAUACAAAUCUCCCCACCCUUGGGUAGGCAGCCCAAGGCCCUGGUGACGGGGCUCCUGCUAGCCUCUGACCUCAUCUCCUGCCACUCUUCCCUGCCCUCCACACCCAGCCCCUUGUCUCCUUUCAUCACCCAGACACGCUGAGCCUGCCCCCACCUCAGGCCUUGUGUGCUGGCUCUUCUUUCUACCUGCAAUUCUUCUCCACGUGGCUGAAUCCUCAGUUUUCAGAUGUCAGCUCAAAUGUCUGUUUGACACUCCCUGUCUCAGUCUGUUCAGGCUGCUAUAACAAAAUAUCACAGACCGGGUGGCUUAUAAACAACAGCAAUUUAUUUCUCACACUUCUGGAGGCUGCAAGUCCAAGAUCAGGGUGCCAGCACGGUCCGGUUCUGGUCUCACCAGCCCUUUUCUGGGAGCAGACUGCCAGCUUCUCCCGGUGUCCUCUUGAGGUGGAAGCAGGGAGGGAGCUCUGUGGGGUCUCUUUUAUAAAAGCACUAAUCCACAUUCAUGAGGCCUCCACCCUCGUGACCUAAUCACCUCCCAAAAGCCCCACCUCCUAACACCAUCACAUUGGGUGUUAGGAUUGCAACAUACAAAUUUUUUUUUGUGGGGAGGGACACAAACAUUCAGACCAUAGCUCCCCCUUGAAGGGUCUUCA